AUGUCAGGUAUGCAUCACUUUCGCGGGGGAAAGAAAGACCGGUCUGUCAGAACUGUUGUAGACACGGCUCUCAGAGAAGCUUGUGAGGAGCUGGGAAUCCACAUCACUGAAGAUAAAGUGUGGGGUGUGCUGAAACCCCUGCAUGAUAUGUCUGGAAUGAUGAUUGCGCCUGUAAUAGCCAAUCUCGGACCAUUGGAGGCGCUCUCUUUUCGACCUAAUCCGAGUGAGGUGGAAGAGAUUUUUACCCUGACGUUUGAGCAUCUAUGUCAACCCCAAAACAGAGGCUACACACACUUCCGCACUGGAGACCGUUAUGGGUACACACUCCCGGUGUUUCACAGCCCUAAGCAUCGAGUCUGGGGUCUUACAGCAGUGGCUCUGGAUCACACGCUUAAAAUUAUUAUGCCACCAAAGCAGCUGUUGGACCACAGCGUGGUUCAGUAGCACCUUCAGCAGACAGACUGCUUGUAAAUCAUAGUGGUCCAUAUAAAACUUCAUUUUCAGUUUCCAAAAGAUGUUUGUGGUUCAAUAUGAC